AAUAUAUGAUACAAUUUUAAGUCUUUGAUUACAAAUGCAGUCAAAACACAAAAUAAAAAAAAUCUUGUAGUGACAGAUCUAGAAUUCUCUCAAGACCUUUUUAAACGGAAAACGAAACGCAAAACGAACGCCGUUUGUAUUGUACCGCCAAGCCAGAAUCAAUGAAAACGGAAUUCGUCAUGAAUUCGUAACGAUCGAGAUUAGCCCCUCUGAUGACAAAAAACUAUAAUGUGCUUGGACUGGAGGCAGGCAGCAAGACAGACGUAAAGUUCCCUAUAGCAAAAUGCGACGAGGGAGAGGGACCGAACCAAAACGAAACGAGAGUAAAGAAGCGCAUAAAACUGGGAAAGCCACACGUAACCUCUCCCCGCCGAUCCCUUCCUUCCAUCCUUCCGCCACGCGCGGCAGCGGUUCGUCACACUCACACGCACACACCAUGGCGUCCACGCCACGGACGCCGGCGCCGGAGCGGUCUCCGCCGCCCGUGCCCACUCCUCCUCCGCCUCUGGAGGACGAGCCGCCGCCGUAUCUGGCCGACGGGUCGCCGCGGGAGGAGGCCAGCUUCUCCAGCGACGGGAGGGAAGGAGCGCCCCCCAAGAACCCGCAGCUCUCGCCCACGCACCACGCUGCGCCACGCCUCGUGCCGCCGCCCAGCAGCCCAGCCAGGCAAGACGGGCAAGAACAAGAAGGGAGCGCUAAUAAGGCCGCCGCGGCCACGGCGGAGCCGGCCCGCGAGCCGCUCCGCCAGAUGGCGACGGGCCUCGCCCGGCCACUGUCGUCGCAGACGUCGCCCGCCACCACCAACUCUCCUACUCCGUCGGCGUCUCCGACGCCGUCGAGUCCCGCGCCCGUGGCCAACAACAGCAAGAGGAGCGGCCAGAGCACGCCCAAGCGCGCGGAGACGAAGCUGCCGCUGUCGUCGCCGGCCGUCGCGGUGCACUUCGACCCAGUCGAGGAGGCCGUCACGUCGCCGCUGCGCCUCGGCAAGGCGCGCCUCGACCAGCAGCAGCAGCAGCAGCACGCGGCGGGGGCGGCGGAGAGCGGGGCAUCCGUGGUCCCCGGUGUGGCGGCGGCCGUGGCCGCGGUCGCCGAGCGGAGGGAGCUGUUGCUGGCGCUGCGCCUGGCCACGGCGGUGCUCAGCCUCGCGGCCUUCUCGGUGAUCGCCAGUGCCCGGACGUCCGGAUGGGCCGGCGACUACUACGCCCGCCACCUGCAGUACAGUGGACGGCGGCAGGUACGCCGUCGCAGUGAACGUGAUCGUGUUCGCCUACUCGGUCGCGCAGUCAUUGGGCAAAAUCCGCCACCUGGUCUCACCCAGGUUUACGUUCCGGACCAUGUCGAGCUACUACUGCAGCCUGUUCCUGGACCAGGCAAGUUCUGGCGUACCUCCUCAUGUCGGCGUCGUCGGCGGCCGCGUCGCGCAACGACCUGUGGGUGUCCAGGUUCGGCACGGACGCCUUCGUCAGGAAGAUCACCGGCGCCCUGUGGCUGUCCUUCGUCGCGUUCCUGGUGCUCGCUCUGAACGCGGUCAUCUCCACGGCUAAUCUCUUCAGCAUGGUCUGACACGACUCGUCCUGCUCUGGCGUUGUUGGAAUCAAGUACUAAUUGUAGAUUCUGGAAAUAAAUGUAACCGCGCGUUAAUUAGCUGUUGCACACGCUGUUUUUGGCACUGGUUUAUGAUUUUAUAUCACUUCUUUGUCAGUGAAAUGUUUUUUCUAA